AUGGACGAAUUUCCUUCCGGUUACUUUUAUAUAACGUCUCGGAAUUCGGGAAAGGUCAUUGACGUUGACGGCGCGUCCAAAAAGAAUGACGGUAAGAUUCUCAUUUGGACACCCAAACACAACGAUGAUAGAGACAAUCAAUUGUGGUAUUACCAGGAUGGGUUCAUAGUCAACAAAUGUUCGGGAAAGGUUUUAGAUGUGCGAGGUGGACCACUUGUCAGUGGGGCUCUCAUUUGUCAAUAUGAUCGUAAAGCAAUAGCAGAGGCAGAUAAUCAGAGGUGGGGAUACGAUAACGGGUAUAUUUAUACCCUGGCCAACCAGCAUAUGGUGCUUGAUGUGAAGGAUAAUAUGACAUCCGAUGGUACAAGAGUGAUUCUACACUACAAAAAACUUGGAUAUGACAAUGCCAAUCAAUUAUGGGAUUUAGUACCUGCUGGUGAAGUACGAGCAGAACGAGAAAUUUUAUUUGAGGCAGAAUUCGAAUAA